AUGGCGGAGACACGGGAACCAGCCAGGGAGACAGGGAGACCAGGUGAGACCAGAGAGAAGCUGGAGGGAACAGCCACCACCAAACAACAAGCGGGCGGCUGGCUGACAGCAAUGGCAAUUGGGGUCGCAGCAGCAGCUGGGUCGCAACAGCAGUUGGGCAAUAGGCACCGGGCAAUGGGCACUGACUGGGCAGCGGUGGCAGUAAGGCGGACUAGGUGCAGCAAUAGUUUAACUGGCAGGACAACGACAGCGGGAGGUAGCGGAUAG